CCACAGCAGCUUUUUCCCCUUCGAUGAUGCAAGGUGGCUUCGCGACGUGACGGAGGCGGAGGGGCAGCAGAAGAAGAAGCCUACGAGUGAGUGCUGGAGACUGUUGGGUUGAGCCCAAAUUGCAGGAAAAUCGGUCGAGUGACGCCCGAAAUUUCCGAUUUUGAAGCUCCCCUUGAGUGGUGUCGAAAGCACUCGCAGAGAGGAGGACUCCGUAUUUGCGGCCUGCAUUCAGAGAGGCGCUGUGGAAUGACAAGGAGGACUGAUCAUCGCGAGGAGACGACGACGAGAGGUUUAGAGGGCUGAGCCAGCGCGAGAUACAGCGCUGGAUAUGGCUUUUGCUCCGAGGCUCCGUGCGGGAAGUCUGUUUUCGUGUUGGGUUUGAAUUUGGGAAUGUGUGCGGCUCUGCGCAAUUGACUUGGUUUUGCGCACUGGAUCAUCCGCGAAGAUACAUCGUGAAAUUGGUGGUCUCAAGAGCAGUGGGGAAGUCAGCGAUUCCGCAAUUGUCUUGAUCCUGUCGUGUUCUGCGCUGUCCCGGCAUUUGAUUUCCUCAGUAGUUGGCGGAGGUUUUGUGCGAGCAGCACUGGGGGUGCAUGGAUCCGUAGGCUUGUCGAUGCUUGGCCGUUGAUUGGUUACCAGCUACGGUGAAGUAGUCAGCAGAUUUUGGCGAACCCGGUGGAAAGAUUGGUCUUUAAAAGCGUAAGUGUAUAACUAUUGACAUGUAGCAUUAGUUGAGGCUGGAAUUUCUGUUCUUAUUCGACCAGCACAUUUCUCCUUGUGAAGUUGCCCGCACUGUCAAUCGAAAAUUCGAAAGGAUUUCCCUUGUUGGCAUCCUGUUUUCUCCAUCGAACCUUCGUGUUUGGCAGCCUUAAUAUUUUGGUUCCAUCCUCUCCUUUUUUUUUCUUUUUUCUUGGAGAGUGGUAUUCCAAGGUCGUCAACCUGGCAACCCUGGAGCAUAACGACAUGAGCAGGCGGUGCUCGCACUGCGGCCUCAAUGGCCACAACAGCCGGACGUGUCCCGAACGAGGGGUGCGGCUGUUCGGGGUGCGGCUGACGGACAGCGUGAGCAGCACGAACAUGCGGAAGAGUGUGAGCAUGAACAAUUUGAGCCACUACUCGAACGUGCACAACCCGGCGUCGCCUCCAGAGCAGUGGGAGUCCGGAGCGGCUCCCGACGGGUAUGUGUCGGAUGGUCUGGUGCAGACGUCGAACAACGCUCGAGAGCGCAAGAAAGGUGUGCCGUGGACAGAAGAUGAGCACCGUCUAUUCUUGCUGGGAUUGCAAAAGCUCGGAAAAGGUGAUUGGAGAGGUAUUUCGAGGAAUUAUGUGCAUACCCGGACACCGACGCAGGUUGCAAGUCAUGCUCAGAAGUAUUUCAUCAGACAGAGUAACUUGAACAAGAGAAAGAGACGAUCCAGCCUUUUUGACAUAGUUUCUGAAUCGGGUGUUCCUUCGAUUGCCGAAGAGUCCACGUCCAUCGCUGAUGAGGAGCACGCCACCCCUCUCCCGCAGUUGAGCCUGGGUCACAGCUCCCUCUACACUGCAGCAGGGGUGCUGUACAAGGCGUCGUCGAUGCAGGGAUACAGGCUGCCAGUUCGGCCUCACUCGGUGCCCAAGCAUGCAAGCCUGCCCAUGGCGUUGCCGUUGAUGGCGGUGGGAAGCAGCAGAGGAGGAAGAGGAGCAGCGGGUGCAGAGGGGAUGACGACGGAGGUGGUGGGGAUGAUGGGGUUCGAUGCCAAGAGCUCGUCCAGAAGUGGGCUGGAGAGACCAGUCGCGCGGGGGAUGAGCAGCAGCUACAACAUGGAGAGCAGCUCCUCCAGGAGCGCCAUGGACAGAGGCGGCCCGGCCGUGCCAGUGGCAGUGGCAUCAUGCGCGGGAGACCCGGGCGUGCGCGUCGGUGGAGCGUCGGGGGCUGGAAGCAUACCGUUCUCGUUCAGCUGGUGGGCAGGGCUGGGGCAGGGCAGGCCGAUGGGUCCGUCACCGCCGCAGUGCAACAUCGUGAGACCGACAGCGAAGGUGGCCGCGGUGAGCUCAGCACCAGCGAAGAUGGAAGAGGAGGAGGAGAAAGAGGAUGGUCGGGACAUCGCUGAGCUGAGCUUGGGACCGUCGCGUGCGGAGCCUUCGCAGCUGACGGCAAAACUGCUGGAGGCACCGUCGAGGCAUUCGUCGGCGUUCCACGUGAGCUCGUCGUUCGAUGCGAACAGCAUACAGCAGGGAGUGAAUGCGAUCAGCGUGGUGUGAAGCGGGCAGAGGGAGGGAGGGAGAGAGAGAGAGUAGGAAGAAGAGCGUAGGAGGUGUAGAGUAGGUGGCAGGGCAACUCCGGUGCAUAGGAAGGAGAGCCAUGAACGGAAGAAGGAAAAGAAGCAGCAGCAGAAGUGGCAUGAUAGAGGGGUCGCUGCAGAGAUAAAUUCUUUAUGUACAUAGCUACAUUUAUUGGUGCGCCAGAGCAGAGAGAAGACCACAGCAGCUGUAAAUUUGCGACGAUGCGUCGACAACGAGGAGGAAGAUGAGGGAGCUGCUGAAUUGAGCGAGUUACGUGGGAUUGCCGUUUGUGGAUCUUGAAUCUAAUCAGGACUUGAGUACGACUUGAAUCAACACUCAGUAGUUUCGGAUGUUUCCCGUUCUCUGUAUACGCAAAGCAAAGUGAAGUUCGUGUCAGUAAAGUAUGCACGUGUUUGGCCUUUUA